AUGGUCACUGCGGCCAUUGAGCAUGUGCUGGUCAAGUUCCUUCAGCCUUACGUGGAUGGAAUCGACAGCAACGAUCUGCGGCUCUCACUCUGGAGUGGAAACCUGGAGCUCAAAGACCUGAAGGUCAAGGAAGAUGUUCUCGGUCUCCUAGGCGUGGAAGGCGUUCGUGUACGAAAUGGCCGUGUUCAUAGAAUCAAGAUUACUUUGCCGAGCAAGACGAGGCUUCUCUCAGGAAAGAUCAGCGUGGAAGUCGAGGGCGUGCAGUUGCAAGCCGAACAUCUCACAGAGAGCUUGGCGGAGUCUGUUCUCAGGAAAAACAUGAGGGACACCAAGCUGCAAGCCAUCGAACUACGCAUGGCCCAGCUUCGAGAUGUUUGGAGGCGCAAGCAGCAAGCGCAGGAAGCCUACGACCAAGCCGAGCCAGGCUUUGGCAUCAGGUUUGCGCGGCGUCUCGUGAACAAUCUCAGCCUGGAGCUGUCGAAGGUGGACGUUUCCUUCUCCAGCCUCAACCCUGCAGCUGUUGGCGCUGCGAAGAUGAAGUCUUUGCAAGUGCUCUCCACGGACAGCUCCUUCCGGAGAUUCAAGCAGGACGAGGUUCUGGAAGCAAAGGGAACCUCCCUGUACAAAAUCCUCAGCUUCGAUGGCCUGAGCUUGGCUUAUGGGCAGUCGAUGGAGGCCCUGGCAAACCUUGUGAGCCCAGUCCGGGCGGAGUUGAAGUUGGGCCACGUCCCGGAUGAUGGACUGCUGCGAUUGGAAGUUGAUCUCGGUACAGAUAAGCCGACCGAGAUCCAUACCAAGCGCUCGCAGCUCAUAGGUGUGCUUGCCCUGAAGACAGCGCUGAGCAAAAAGUGGGAGCAGCUGCGUAAACUUCUCGUCGAUCCGAAGGAAGAGGAGCGGCUCAAAGCGCGCCUCGAUGACUCCGAGGACAAAUACUUCAAGCUCUUCCGCCAGCAGUGCCUUGCCAAUGUGGAUGUCACAGAGGAGAAGGUGGUCGCCGCUCUUUAUCAAACUGGACUUAACUGCAGCCAGCUUGAACAGCCAGAGCAGGAGGAGCUGGAGACCCUGGAGACGGUUCUUCCUGUGCAGCUUCUGGCUUCGGCCAGAUGCAGAGCGGAAGACUUCAUUACGGAACUGGUGAAAAAGGCCAAGCCGCAGGAGAAGAAGUCCGGCGGGUGGUUCAGCCGGACCUUCUUUGGGCACAAGGAGCCAGAGGAGUCAUCCCUGGACAAGCUCAGCGUGGAGGAUCUACUCACCGAGUUGCAGAGUGCUGCAGAUGUAGAGGUGGUGGAGCCUCCGCAGAAGUUGGUCGUGCAGUUAUGUGGUGGAGGAGUCCUGAUGGACAUCCAAGACGAUACUGCAGUUGAAGUGAUGCAACUUCUUUCGCUGGACCUGAGCACGACGUCCCUGGCGGUGAAUGUCGAGUCAGCCACGGACCACAAGGGGCAGAACUCGGCAGCCUUCAGCCUCUUCCUGGCCCUGGGUUCGGUGAAUGUGUCGCACCAGCAGAAGUCCUUCUUCCGGCCGAAGCAGGUGGGCUCGAGUGACGAGAUCAUGCAGCAAGCUCUGGAUCUCCGACUGGAAAACAAGCUGGAGCCCACACAGAAUCUCUUGGAAGUGAGUCUCACCUUUGCCCCGCUGGAGAUUUUCAUGAUCCCCGGCCUGGUGGCUUCGAUUCUGGGCUUCUAUCCGGAUGCUGCCGAGGUCGAAGAGGCGGCAGGUGUUUGUGCCCCGGUCGUCAUGAAGACGAUUGAGGCAUUCGUGGAAGAGAAGGAAACGAAGGCCACACGGGCUGAGCGCCUCAAGAGUGUGCUGGAUGCCAAUGCGGACAGGGCCAAGGAGCUUGCCCAAGAGGUGUACAACCGCAUCCCGGACAGGAUCAGUCUGGCCAUCAACCUCUCGGCUCCCACGGUGCACGUCCCGGUCGCCAGCGUGGGCAAGGCUGUUAUCACUUUGGGCCAGCUUACCCUGGAGACUCCAGAGCCGUGCCUCUUCGAGUGCUUGCAGUUUGAGCUGCAGCUCAAGAACACCCAGGUCUCCACGGUGUUUGCCAUCGGUGAUGUGUUUGACGUGGUGGAACCGCUUCCGAUCACCAUUUCGCUCAAGUAUGCAGAGACGCCCAAGGAUGUUUCCAUUGUCGUCGCCAUCAAGAUUGGACACCUGAGCUUGUCGGCCUCGCCAAAUUCUGUGAACCUCCUGAUGGGGCUCCCGCAAGCAGUAGUGGACAUGCUGACGGUGCCAAUAACAGUCCGGCAAAAGAAGCCCGCAGCUCUGGAGAAGGCCGCUGAGCCUGUCCCGGUGCAGAAAGAGCUGAAGCGAGCAGGCAGUGCUGUCGGUUUCAGCGCGACAGAAGUGCUUGGUGAAGACUUCGUCGCUUUCAAAAGGGCCGAGGAGCUGCAGAAGAAGCCCAUGCGGACCAGCGUGUCACUGGCCUUCGAUGAUGCGACAUUCUCCCUCAGCGACUCCAUCAUGCCGCUCAUGCGCCUGAAAAUGGAGGCCAUGCCUCCCGGCCUGCAGGUCAGUGUUGAGAGUGGAAAGGUGGAUGUCAAGCUCAUGGAGUCCAGCCUCAGCAUCGAUGUGUUGAAUACACGGCAUGGCGAUUGGGAACCCUUUUUGGAGCGCUUCGAUUUCGGUGUGUCCGUGGUGAUGUCGGAGACUAUGCGCAUCUCCCUGCACGCGCUCGGGCCUCUCCACUUGAAUCUCGUCCCGAAGCCGACGCGGCAAAUCCUGGAAUUGCUUCCGUUGCUGCUGACGAGCCUCAGGCCUCCGCAAUCAUCGGCCGAAGCAGAGAAGAAGCCUGAUGAGAGCUCGUCAGGGAAAGAUUCGGAUUCACAAAAGCUUCGCGUGGUGAGCUUGUGGGGCGGGCAGCUGGAGGUCCUGUGCAUUGGCGCACGAAAUGCAGAAGCCAAAGUGGUAAUCCAACCAACUGGCUCCCAGUGGGUAGCCUUGGACGACAAGAUCAGUGCACUCACGCUGCGAAGCUUGAGGGUGCGGCGCCUUGGCUCCGAGAAGCUCUCAGAGCCGCUGUGGUUCGAACAGAAUGCGGCUGUGGUCGUACCAGACUGCGUGGGACGUGUCGUGGCCCAGCUCUUGACACCUCAGCCGGAUCACCGGCUUCUGUUGCUGGCACCCACUCUACGACUCCACAACGAAACAGACCUGAUGCUGGCUGUCCGCUUUCACGAAGAAGCCCGAGCGACGGUCAUCAAGCAUUUGGACUCCGCGAUCUGCAACGCAUCACUGCUGGGACUGAAGUCUGAGUGUGAGCCAGCAGCUGCAGAGCCCCAAGCCGCGAGCUACAAGAGCCCUGACAAUGAGUGGGUUUGCCUUCCUCCGAACAGUGUCUGCGCGGUGCCCGCGGCAGCCACGGCACAGGACGGAAAAAGCGUCGACACGACCAUCAUCAGCCUACGGCCGGCAGCUUGGGGCCUCCCCGACGUGGAUUUCAGUCAACCGAGCUCCGUGGGCCGGAAGACCGUGGAGGGCCUCUCCUGCAAGCUAGGGGUUGGGUCAUCAAAAAGUGGAUACCCUCACGCCGGUCCUGUACCGCUACACUUCUUGGUGGUGCAGGGCAGCGAAGACAUAGGCUCCGGAAAUGGCCAGAAAAUCAAGACAUUGUCUAUCAGACCAAGCAUGGUGUUCAUGAAUGCGCUGCCGUUCGGACCCCUUGGUUUGGACAUCGCCUCUACUUCGAGCAAAGCCCCGCCCGUGGUCGUCGAGGCUUUGCAACGCGUCAAUUUCUACGGGCUCAGCAUGCAAGAGAUGCGUGGUGGUCUGACUUUAGCCGCGCAGCUGGCACCCAAGGCGCCUUUCAGUGGCAAGGUAAAUUUGGAGGGCAAUGACAUCGUAGACAUCACCGAAAACGUGUUGGGUGAUGAGGCCGAGAUUCUAGACAUGAGGGAGAGCACCAGCGGAGCACCAGCCGCGGUUUCUCUGGAGUGUUUGGGUCAUGGCCAGAUUCGCAUCAGCUGCUCCCACUGGCUGCUGGACCGCAGCGGUGCGCAGGAAAAGGGUCUGGGCAAGUUGGAGGUCUUCUAUCAGGGGGCCAAGUUGCCUUCACACAAUGGCAUCACUCUGCUUCAUGCCGGCUGCUUCGAGAACCCUUGUGAUCUGGGCUUUUGUCCCGAUGGAAAGUCGAUGAAGGCGAAGCAGACCAUGAAGUUGCCACCAAACUUUGAGAGCUUCGUUUGGAACACACCCUCGGGAAGCCUGGAGAUGACUCUUCGUAUCGGCAGCAUCAAGAGCAGCAGUGUGCACGGGGCGACCUGCAUGCAGUUCACCCUGGCUCCUCGACUGGUCUUGACAAACGCCUCGGAUGUGGAGCUCGAGCUCGAGACCCCCGACAAGAUGAAGAUACGAUGGAAGCCGCGCGAGUCCCGGGUGCUGCAUUGGAAGGCUAAUAUGGAAGCCGUGGAUCCUUUGGCCACCACUUUCCGCUUCCGUCCCAUCGGUGGAGGUCAAUGCGAGUUCUCAGGAGUUGUCCUCUGCAGCGACGGCUCCGCGGGCUCCACUCCUUUCACCUUGAAGCGCCAGGCAGGUGGUGUCGAGGUGUGGAGUGUUGAUGUGGCUCCGCUUCAUGGCAGCAUGGGUGUCCUGAUUCGUCCCGGCUCGGAUUUCAUCGCCUGCAACCUCCUGGAGAACAGGAUGGAGGUACAAGACGAGGAGCGGCCAGACGAGAGAAUCAAUGUGCCGGCAGGUGGAGAGAGCGUUCCGAUCGGAUGGUGCAAGCCCUUCUCGGGCAAGCGCUCUCGAGCUGUCCGUGUGAUUGUGGACAAGGAGAUUGUUGACAUUCCAGAUCUUCAGCGAACCGCGGUACGGCCCUUGAAGACACCGGGACUUGCUCUCCGAGUGAUGCGCAGCGGGAAGACCACGAAGCUGAGCCUCGAGGAGCUGCAGGAGAAGCAGCAGGUUCAAGCGAAGUCCGAGGCCUUCCAGGCCACUUUCGAGCUGCACGUGAAGCUGGGCCGCGCCGGUAUAUCGCUCAUCGACGAGAGCCCCCCUCAGCCUUGCGAGCUGUUCUUCUUCUCCCUGGACAUGCUGCGUCUCGAGUACAUGCAGGAUGCUGCACGAGAUUCGGAGAAGAUCACGGUGUCUGUUUCUGAGGUCCAGGGCAUCUGCCAACUGCCCGAUCGGACAAACGACUUGGACAAAGUGAGCAUGCUGGACCCCAGCCAACUCCAGCGGUUGCACGAAAACUUGUUGCAGAACCAGGAGCUCCCCGCAGUCAUUUUGGCGAACCAUUCUGCAGGAGGAAAGUCCUUCCUGCAGUUCCAGAUGACUCGACAGGCCACUUCGUCCAGGGAUCUGCUGCUCAGCGCAGCGCAGCUUGAUGUCGACAAACUGGACUUCACCGUGGACGAGAAGUGGUUGACUCCGUUGCAGCAGUGGCUUUCACACACAUUCGGCGCAGGGGGGUUCGACCUCUUCGGGGUUGUGGCAGAAGAGCUCUUGAACGUGGCCGGCAAGCCCAUCACCGAUGGCUACAUUCCGCCAGAGGUCCCGGCUGUCGUACAGGCAGAAGAUGUGAACAUUUCUGCGGUCGACACUACGGUGUGGUGCUCGCUUCGACUCAAGUAUUUGGAGUUCCUGCCGGUAUAUGUCCGCACAGCUCUGAAAGUACUGUCCUUCAGCAGCUACUUCACCUUGGAUGGGGUGGGACUCCUCCUCCCUGCUCGACACCUCGAACCUCACCGGGGAUCUUUGCAGGACUAUGCCAUGGCGGUCGUCAGUGACUAUGGCACUUCGAUCUUGGCUCAUCUUGGCUCACUUCUAGGCAAAAGCUCGCUGCUGAAUCUGCCAAAGGCUCCACUAAAGCUGGGUGGUGCAGUUGUGGCAGUCAUGGGCGACAAGCUUACUGACGUGACCACCGGAGCAGCGUCACUUCUCAGGAACUUCACCAUGGACGACGAGUACAUCGCUAAAAACCGAGAAAAGAAGACCAUCACCGGCGCAAGUCAGGGCUUCGCCGCAGCGGGCAAGACCUUGAUGGAUGGAGUCGAGGGUAUGUUCGACGUUGUGAAGAAGCCAGUGGAGGGCGCCCAGAAAGAAGGGCUAUGGGGCUUCGCAACAGGCUUGACCAAAGGAGUCGCAGGAAGCAUUGUGAAGCCCGUUGCCGCCUUCGGCACCGCCAUUGGUGAGGUCGGAACUGGCCUUGCCUCCACGACCAACACACUGAACGACAACGAAGCGAAUCAGCGCCGGCGUGCACGGCGGCGCCUGCGAUUACCCCGUCUACUCUUUGGAGAGUUGGGCGAGGUGCGUCCUUUCGUCGACUUUGAAGCUCAACUUUACCAAAGGUACGGAGCAAACAUCCGUGGCGUCUGUGAAGUGGUGCUCCUCGAUAGAGAAGAAAAAGGUGGAGAGCUGUUCAUCACCUCGCUUCUGCUAUUCGUGGAUCAGCUUGCCGUGGCAGUAGCUUCAAAUCAGGCUGCGGAUGCCGUACCCAACAAGUUCGAGAGGACGUUCAACAUCUUGAAAAAGACGGACUCCUCGAAGGUAGCACCUUUGCGGGGGCUUCGCUUCUCCCAGCUGCAGAAGGUCGCACUGGAAGGCAGGAUACUCAAGCUGGUUGGGUCUGCCAAAGAAGUCUUCAGCCUGGACUUGGACAAGGCCAACCUCAGCGAAGCGGCCCUAAGGGCACUUCUGAGCGGCCUGGAAGCAGCCGCAGCCAACGGACGGUUGGAGGCGCAUCGCACCUGGUCGCAACUACGAGCUGUGCGGCAAAAUGACGAGCAUUCUGCGCGGGUGCGCGACAUGAAGCUCGCGGCCGAGACGGGGCUGAAGAUGUUGAAAUCCGAGGCUGCAAUGCGCGAUCGCGGUGCAGCGCGGUCGAGGCUGCUGGAAGUGUGGGAAGUGGAGCGGCAUGUCUUCGGAUGGGGAACCUGCAGCUGGCCCACUGAUGGAGACCUGCAGUGGCGCUGGGUGGGCCCAAAUGGCCGUAAGCAUCCUCAGGUGGACGAGAAAUUGUCCAAGGAUGCAGCGACUGCAUCCAAGGAGCCACCCUGUCAGCUGGGUGGAUUGUACAAGGCAGUUGGCCCGUGGCAAGUGGAGACGACGGCUGCAACAGACAAAGACGGCUGGGUUUAUGGCAUGGCCUGGAGUCAGCCGGAAUGGAAUAAGAAGCCGGGACUGGCAGAUGUGUUGAGGAGACGCCGGUGGACACGGCCCUUUUCCUAG